AUGUCAAAGGCUUCCCAUGAGAAACCUGACGACAUGAUGACCGAGGCAGAGGACACGCCAACGCCUGCUGACGUUACACAUAAACCAACCCAGAGCAAUCUGGAGUCUUCCCUGAACCACCAAGUCCACGUGGAACAUAUCGUUGGUUCUCUUCCUCACAAAAAUAUACUGCACGAGAUCCGUACCGAUACGAGUCGCAUAAAGAGCACACUCAUGAGGCCAGCACCAGAUGAUAGCGCUAGACUUCAUCGCACAGCGAGAAAGCGGCAGGCCCUCUGCGGAGCUUACACAUUGGCGAGAAAGGCGCAGAAAGGUUUCCAGCAUGUACUGACAAAUUCCGAAACCCCCGAGCACCGUGAGGCUAGAGGAGGUAUUCUUACAGAUAACAUGGGACUCGGCAAGUCGUUAAUCAUAUUAUCGGCAAUUACAAGCUCUCUUCCAGACGCGGAGAAUUUCACCUCGACUCCGACAGCGCAUGCGAAAGAGUCAACAACUUUUCUAAAGCCAUCACGAGCAACAUUGAUCAUCGUUCCGUCCACAACUUUAAUUGAUAAUUGGAUAGACGAGAUUCCCACAUAA